GUAUGUGCCGGCGCAGUGCAGACAGAGGUUGUAAACAUGGCGGCGGACGGGAUGGCGCUCACCAACCACGACCAUCAGACCCGAGUGGGGAUUCUGACGGUCAGUGACAGCUGUUUCCGGAACUUGGCUGAGGACAGGAGUGGAGUCAACCUGAAGGACCUGGUCCAUGAUCCUUCACUGCUAGGAGGAGUCAUAGCAGCUUACAAGAUUGUUCCAGAUGAGAUCAAUGAAAUCAAGGAAACUCUUUUGGAGUGGUGUGAUGAACUAGAGCUGAACCUUAUUCUCACGACUGGAGGAACUGGCUUUGCACCACGAGAUGUUACACCUGAGGCCACCAGAGAGGUGAUAGAGCGUGAGGCUCCGGGUAUGGCUCUGGCCAUGCUGAUGGGAUCACUGAACGUUACACCUCUAGGCAUGCUGUCCAGGCCAGUGUGUGGUAUUCGUGGUAAAACUCUAAUCAUUAACCUGCCAGGAAGCAAGAAGGGCUCGCAGGAGUGUUUUCAGUUCAUUCUGCCCGCUCUGCCCCAUGCCAUCGAUCUGCUGCGUGAAGCCACAGUCGGGAUUAAAGCCACACAUGCUGCGCUGGAACAGCUGCCCUCCCCUUCCCCUCUGCUUGCUAACACACAUAUCAACACACACAAUAACACACACACCAUGGAGCGCGGCACCCAAUGUGAGGAAGAGGAGGAUGAGGAGGAGGACAGGAGGAGAGGUCGACACACACACAACCACCACCAUCACCAGCAUGGCUCCUCCCACAUCACUGCAGCAGCUAUUGCUGCCAAGACGAGCCAUGCUGUGGUCAUGGCUAAGGGAGGUCCCUACCUGCCCAGGAACACACCCACCCCUCCCACUCAUUUCACUUGUUCCUGUACCCAUGACCAGCAGAUCCCGGACUCUAUCAUUUCUCGGGGUGUUCAGGUGCUUCCUCGAGAUUCAGCCUCUUUAAGCUCCACCCCUUCUGAGUCACCACGGGCAACACAGGCGACCUCCCGCCUUUCCACCGCCUCAUGCCCAACACCCAAGGUUCAGUCACGAUGUGGCAGUAAUGAGAAUAUUUUGAGAGCCAGCCACAGUGCAGUGGACAUCAGCAAAGUGGCACGUCGCCAUCGCAUGUCUCCGUUCCCACUGACAUCAAUGGAUAAAGCCUUCAUCACUGUUCUAGAGAUGACACCAAUUCUGGGAAUUGAAGUCAUUAACUACAGAGACGGUUUGGGUCGAGUGCUUGCUCAGGACAUCUAUGCCAAAGACAACCUUCCACCAUUCCCCGCCUCCGUUAAAGAUGGCUAUGCUGUGCGAGCUGCUGAUGGUCCAGGAGAUCGCUUCAUCAUGGGAGAAUCACAGGCUGGACAACAGCCCACCCAUACAGUGAUGCCAGGUCAGGUGAUGAGGGUGACAACCGGGGCUCCAAUUCCUUGUGGAGCGGAUGCUGUGGUCCAAGUGGAAGAUACAGAGCUUCUGCGGGAAUCUGAGGAUGGCACAGAGGAGCUGGAGGUGAGGAUUAUGGUCCAGGCCCGGCCUGGACAGGACAUCAGGCCAAUAGGUCACGACAUCAGACGAGGGGAGUGUGUGUUGGCUAAAGGAACACAUAUGGGCCCGUCAGAAAUCGGCCUGCUGGCUACAGUGGGAGUGACUGAGGUCAGCGUACACAAGUUUCCUGUGGUGGCUGUCAUGUCCACUGGAAAUGAGUUGUUGAAUCCAGAGGAUGACCUCCACCCAGGAAAAAUCAGAGAUUCCAACCGCUCUACUCUGCUGUCCACCAUCCAGGAACAUGGAUAUCCCACCAUCAACCUGGGCAUUGUUGGAGACAACCCUGAUGAUUUACUGUCAGCUCUCCAUGAAGGAAUCAGUCGUGCUGAUGUCAUCAUCACCUCAGGGGGUGUGUCCAUGGGAGAGAAGGACUACCUAAAGCAGGUGCUGGAUAUUGACCUUCAUGCUCAGAUCCACUUUGGACGUGUCUUUAUGAAGCCAGGUCUUCCUACUACCUUUGCCACAGUUGACAUUGAUGGAGCACGGAAACUCAUCUUUGCUCUGCCAGGUAACCCAGUGUCUGCGGUGGUGACAUGUAACCUGUUUGUGAUUCCUGCUCUGAGGAAGAUGCAAGGCAUCCUGGACCCUAGACCUACAAUUAUUAAAGCUAGGCUUUCCUGUGAUGUGAAGCUGGAUCCCAGACCAGAAUACCACCGCUGUAUUCUUACUUGGCAUCACCAGGAGCCACUGCCCUGGGCACAAAGCACAGGCAACCAGGUAUCCAGCAGACUAAUGUCAAUGCGUAGCGCCAAUGGUCUGCUGAUGUUACCUCCUAAAACAGAGCAGUAUGUGGAACUGCAUAAGGGAGAGGUUGUGGAUGUCAUGGUCAUCGGACGGCUAUGAUGCAGACUUCAAUGUCACUCGUUACCGAUUAUCAUGGCAGUGCCAGGACUUCCUGUCUGGACAGGAAACGGGCGGGGACAGGAAGUGAUGCAUGUCAACCUGGUCGCCAUUAGCUGUGAUGUCAUAUGCAACAGCCAAUCGGAGCCAGCAGAGGCUGAAUCCUCAUUGGUCUGCUCUGAGGAGAUCACUGUAUUUCAAUGGAGAAAAAAAGUUUAAAAAAAAGAGAGAUUUAUUCUGUAAUUUUAUUAUUAUUAUUAUCCUGAUGAUACUGAUUAUUAAUAUUCUUAAUUAAUAUUCUAUUAUUAUUAUCAUGGUUCUGAUUGAAUAUUAUUAUCUUAGUGGUAAUCAUGCCUUCUUCUCUCCUGUUUAUUUGCUUUGUGCAUUCAACAUUUUUCCCUGAUAGAUGCAGACAUAUAGAGACCUGCCCCUCCUUCCUUCACCCCCCCAACCCUUUGUCCCCUUUUCCCUGCCCCGUCUUUUUUCUUCUUCUUUUUUCCUGCUCUGCCAUCCUCUAUCCAGACAUAGAAACACCUUGAUAAGCCCUCCCUGCAGUAUCACUACAUCUCCUGGAACACAGACCCUAACAUCCGUAUUGACAGAAACAACUAAACUAAAACUGAAGAGUUAGAAACACAUAUUUUGACUGAAGUUGCUGAUAUAGUUUGUGCAAAUACAGUAAAUAAUGACUUUUUUGGCCAAAAAAGAAAAGAAAAUUAUUUCUUCUGUUUUUGUUUUUGUUUUUUUGGUUUUUUUUUAGCACCUUUGAACCAUACAAAAAUACUAAGACUCAUCAUGACUUUCACUGAAAGCCACUAAACUCUCUAGGUAAGGUUCAGCUUGAAGGAAGGGCAAACAGGGAGUCGCCAUACUGUAAUGAUUCCUCUGUUGAAUACAAGCAUAAUGGUUAUAAUAAAAUACAUACAUGACUUCUAUGAUCUAUAGUCAAGAACUCCCCCCACAUCAGAGGGGGGCCUCACUGAUAGUACUAGCAUAACCCUAACCCUGAAUUCCAGUGAUAUUACAUGAGUUUAUAGUUUACAUCAAAAAAGUGCAGAAUAAAAUUGAAAUACAGAGACAGUCUUUAAUAAAUGUGGUAUGUAUUUGCAUUGCAUUACACAACUAUUGGAGGAUAAUGCUUGUGAUAUUCUAUAUUUUUAUUAUCAAUAAAUCCCAUAAAAUGACCAAAACCGUCAACUGUCAUAGCAGCAUGUUACUCAAACACGAGGUCCUUCUAAUUUUGUUGGAGGCAUCAUGGCACAUUUCCAGCAGUACGACAGCGUACAAUGGCAUGCAAAAGUUUGGGUACCCUUGGCCCAAAUUUCUGUGACUGUGAUUAGCUAAGGGAGUAAAAGAUGUCCCAAUUCCCAAACAGUAUAACAUUAAAGGUGAUACAUUUCUUUAAUAAUUUAAGCAACGUUCCAUCUUUUACAAUUUCAAAAUAACUUUGAAGACCAUGGCAAACCCUUCAGCUUGGUCCUCUUGAGGUAGUCCAUUAUAGAUUUUGAGGUGUGUUUAAGAUCUUUAUCCUCUUAUAGAAGCCAUCCUCUUUUCAUCUUCAGCUUUUUUUUUUUUUUACAGACGCUGUGAUGUUUUCUUCCAGAGUUUGUUGUUAUGUAAUUGAAUCAACUCUUCUCUCUAUCAGUGAAAUGUUCCUGAAGCCAUUAGCUGCAACCCAAGUCCAAAGCAUGAUUGAUCCACCCCCAUGCUGAACAAUUGAAAUUCAUCUCCCUUUUUUCUCCAAACAUACCUUUGUUUUUUGCAGCCAAAAUGUUCUACUUUAACUUGUUUCCAAAAUGCAUCAGGCAUGUUUAGAUGUUCCUUUGAAAACUUCUGAUGCUGAAUUUAGUAGUGAGGACAAAGGAAAGGUUUUCUUCUAAUGACUCUUCCAUGAAAGUCGUAUUUGUACAGGUGUUGCUGCACAGUAGAACAAUGCAUCACCACUCCAAAGUCCACUUCAAUUUCUUAGUUACAUUCCAAACUGAGGAAAUCGCUGCCUGAAAAUGUUCUAUUUUUCUCUCAAACACAGAAUUAUAUUUUCUAUUUUGAUGUUUUGUUUGGAUAUUUUUUAGAGGAUUUCAGAUUUGGUGACAACAAGGAGGUUAUAGCCCUCCGCUGCGUUGUGGGCAUCAAUUAUUUGAUUUUUCAGAAUUCUAGGCAGCUGCUUGGAGGAGCACAUGGCUGUUGAUUGUUGGGACAAGGUUUUAGCAGUCACAGUAUUUAUAAAACUGUGAAAGAAAUUUGUAUCACAUGGCCUUUCCUCACACUGAUCGUGAACAAGCCAUGGCACCACAAGCUAAUUAAGGUCAGAGACCAUGGUAAAAGUUAUCUGAGAGCUCAAAUCUCUUGGGGUGCCCAAGCAUUUGCCUGCCACUCUUGUGUGCAACAAAACACAUCAGACUUUGAUACACAAACAGUGCUCAUUUGCAAUUCAUUUAUAGUUUUGGUCCCUAAAUGGGAUGUGUUGAUAGGAAGGAAAAAGUAGAAUAUUAUCAGCAUUGUCAGUAGUCAAAGAUGAAUGACUAUACCUAGUUGACAGCUAAUCUCAAAGGCUAGCUUUUGUUUGGCCAAUCAUGCGCCUCAAUCUUUGAUCAAACUGACAAAUGAGAGAGUUGCUUGUGUUAGUUGUGACAUACUGUUUAACCAACUCAGAAAAGAUCCGACAUCACUUAAAUGCAGGGUGUCGUGUUCAGGUGCUCGUAAACUACGCCACUGGUGUAUUUCUACAAUGACAGUGUAAAGGUGCUUGUUAAAGUAAAAAGAAUUGACACAGUUCAAGGCUGUAAAACAAACUACUCCAAUUGAUGGCUUUUCUCUCAGUGUACUGUAUGUACUCUGAGCAACACUGAGAAGUAUAGAAAACCUUGUUUGAUGUGAAGCCCGCUAUAAAAGGUUAGUUUACUAUUAGCUUCAACAAGUUAGGGCAGUUGGCUGCUACAUCCUGCUGAUUGAAGACUGAACUUAAAUUGUUAAUUAAUUAACUAAUUGACAGGACAAUUCAAAUGCAUUAUAUGCAGUCUGUGCAUUCACCAAUGCACCAUACCUUAACUCCUCGAGUUCCUCUGAUAGUGGUCCCAGUGUGAUCUGUGCCAAACAAACCCACAUGGUCAAAGGUGUAACGUUGCAUUCAGGUCAUACUGGAAUAAUUGGCACAAGGCUCUGGUACUUACUUAAAUUUAAUUUAUGUAAUUGAAUUAAAAUUUUAUUUUAAUUCAAUGGUAUGUACAGACCACCAAGAUGAUAUACUUUAUUUUGGAUGUUGGAUGCUUCUGAUCCUCAUGCUUCAGUUACCGCCAAAGAUGGCUGCUUCGAGGGGCCCUCUCUUACACCCAUUAAUUAAGAGACUAAAUACAACCCUGCCUUUCUUUGUGCCCAGAUUAUGGUCUGUUUAUCUCGCAAAAGUGGAGCUGGACACAAAUUAAAUAGGGCAGCAGAUCAGAAUUUGUGUCUACUACCCUACCUUUUCUCUAUGACCUGACCCCCCCCCCCCCCCCCCCCACCCCCCCACCCCCGUAUUUGCAUGCCCAUAAAGGGGGCCAUGUAUUCCCCUCGGCAGGUUUCAUUCCAGACGUAAGACCAGGGUGCAGCACCUUGGCAGGGCUUCUGUUCUGAUUAAAGCUACAUUUUGGGCAGUUGUUGAUGCCAUUGGUGCAUAAGAAAUUUCAAGGUCCGGGCUCUGGUAUUGGCACUGUCCUCUCAUUUAUUCCUCUAACUCAGAAACGUCCCAGUAACCUCAAAAGCACCAUAUACUGUAUUUAUCAGUUGCUAAUGCUGGGUUCAUGUGUAAGAAAAAGUGGAAGAACAGGGUGACAUUUCUUGCAACAGUUUAAAAGGUGGUCAUUUCAUUCAGUGGAAGGACCAUAUCCAAAUGAAAUUUUGAAAAAGUAUUGAAACAGUUACAACAUUGAUCUUUUUGGCAGCUCAUAUUUGCAGUAAACCCAUUUUGACACGAAUGCAGCAUCAGAGGACAUCGUGGCACCUGCCCUGAGGAGGAGCAAUCCAACCCAGAUAUAUUCAUUUGAGUAAGAAGAAGCAGGUUAUUGUUAAACUGCCUUUGUAAAGAGUGAUGCGUAACACUGGACUGAACUCAGUGUCACACUGCACACACUAUAAACUAUGACCAGCACUUGUAAUGAAGCAAUUACACAACAUUCUACAACUACUGUAUAAAUAUAAUGAAGAGGAUGUUUUUUCUGUAAUGAUAUCAUUGAAACUGAAGAUGAAUUAAUAAAAAUAAUCCUGGUUAUUCUCUA